UCGCCGGUUCGGUGCAUGGACAAGAAAAACAAUGAGAAAGAUUACCUCGUGAUCAGAACAUAAGGGGAAGGAGGACUGCCCUGCGAGGCAUUCUAGGUUAGAGACAACUUAAGCAGCAACUUUUCAUUUAAUUAUAAGUUCCAAAAUCACCAAUGCUAGUUAACUUGAUUUAAGCAGUGAGGCAGACGAAUUUAGUGCAACUGAAAUCAGUGAAGCCUCCAUUUUGAAGUCCGGAGGGAUCAAGUGAAAUUCUUAUGGAAAGAAAACAAAACAUACCUGAAGUGGAAGGUUAAGUUUAUCAUGGAGCCUGUGCUUGCUACUGCAGUGCCAACAGUGAUUCUUCCGAAGCUUCCACAACAUGUCUGUGACAUUCUAUUUGCAAGCGAGGAAAACACAGCCGACAACGAUGGCAAAGUUUCUGGGAUUUUCCACUUUGAAGGAAAAGAUAUUAGAAUCAAUAAUUCUUUCAAGAGAAAGAGAUGCGACAGUUUUACGAGUCCUCCUUAUCUGCAAGUGUUUCCCAAUACCUCAAGUGAUGAUAGCGGCUUCGGGACUGAAGAUGGUUCUGAAUAUUCUAAAGAGGACUUAGGUAUCAAAAAAAGAGUGCCACGUUGGAAAGGAGCUGAUGAACAUGGAGAGUAUGAAGUCCAGAAAGUUGUGGAUCACCGCUUUGACAAAGAUGGUGCAGAUCAGUUUUUUGUAAAAUGGCUGGGCUGGGGGAGUCAAUCCAACACUUGGGAGCCUCUUAAAAAUUUAAACUGUCAUGAAAAGUUAAAUGAUUUCAUGAAAAAGUUUAUUUUAGAUAUCCUGUUUGUCAAAUGGAGACCACUUCCAAGCUGCAAAACCCUUCUGGCAACCACAUAUAGAUCUAUCAUAGAGCAAUGGGUGCGAAACACUCCUAAAGCACUUUAUUUGAAAAAAUUAAGUGGUGGCUUUAAUCAAAAGGGAUUGGCAGUGUCGACUCUCUCAAAGAUGCUUAAUGAUGCAGUCCAUACCAAAUGUCUCAAAAGUCGAGAGGAAAUGGUUGAUUGCAUCAAGAACCACUGUGCACUGUUACGGAUGAAAGAAGUCCGCAAAGAGCAACUGGAGCUUAUGAAGCUGUGGGAAGACAAUUUGAACAGUGUAGGACCUGGUGGGCUAAGUGUUGAAAAUCAGGUGGAUCUGGAAGGCCCACCAAAAGACUUCAUGUAUAUCACUCAAAAUAUUACCGGCCCAGGGGUUAAUAGCUGUAUGCUUAUUGGCCAGGUCGCUGGCUGUGAGUGUACUGAAGAAUGUGGGACUCACGAAACUUGUUGUCCGAAUAUGGCUGGAGUUGAUUGGGCCUACUCAGCUCUCAGUCGUCUCAUUGUUUCUCCUCGAAGUGGAAUUUUUGAAUGUAACAGAUUUUGCUCAUGUGGACCUGAUUGUCCAAACAGAGUAGUGCAAAGAGGUAGAAAAGUCAAAUUGACCAUUUUUCGGACCGCAAAUGGAAGAGGUUGGGGUCUUAAGGCUGGUGAGCGCAUUGAGAGGGGAGCUUUUCUUACCACUUAUUUGGGAGAAAUCAUUACCAGUGAGGAAGCUGCUGCUCGUGAUGUCAACUAUGAGAAAACUGGAUUGUCAUACCUCUUUGAUCUGGAUAUGAUGGACCCAGAAGAGGCCCCCAUUUUCACCAUUGAUGCCAUGAAGUGUGGCAAUGAGUCCCACUUCAUCAAUCACAGCUGCAAUCCCAAUGCUCAUGUGGCAGGAGUGUGGAUAGAAACCAAUGACCCAGCAAUACCUCUCUUAGCACUUUUUGCAAAGAGAUCCAUUAAAAAAGGAGAAGAAAUAACAUUUAACUAUCAAGGCGACCAAGAUCCGCGGUUUAGAGGAAUUGACAACAUGAACAAUGAUCCUUCAGACCCAAACAAGCCAAAACGUAAAAAAGCCAAAAGAUGCAAAUGUGGAUCUAGGUUUUGCAAAGGGUUUUACUUUUAAAUACAGAUGCUCUGUUACUCUUUUUAGGGGAAGGGAAUUUGAGCAAUUAUUAGUGUAUAGAUAUUUAACAAUGGGCUAUUUUCUUAUGACCUGAAAAUGUAUAUAGUUUUUAUAUAGGUGUAGAAACAAAGAUACUUAUUUAAAUUUUGAAUUAUUUUUUUCUGGAUGUGUAUCUUUUGUGGUACAAGAAAUGAAAUCAAUCACCUAUGUCCCAUGACCAUGGUCAUGCAUACGAGAGUGGAUCAUGGAUCCCCCUGUAGAAGUCAUGAACUUUGUCAGAUGUAUUCUUUUUUCAUCGCUUUAUUCAAGUGCAAUAAUAAAUUUUAACUUCAUGUA